AUCAAAGAAGACCCAUCACGACCAGGUUCACCACAGAGCUCCAAGUCUGAGCCUAUCGAAGCCACCAAACCUGAAGAUCCGACCGAGCAAAAGGUAGAAGAUACCGUGACCGAACUAGGACACUCGGGAUCUGCUCGCGGUAUAAUCUCCAAGAAGGGCAAGGUUACAAUGACAGGAAGGUCCAAGCUUAUCACUCUAGGAGAUGAUAGUUGUGGCGUUAUCUCCUCGGGUGGCCGCGUCAAAAUUGGCGAUACCUCUCAGCUAGUGACGUUUGGUAUUACCGCGACAGGCGUCUCAGAAGAUAGCGAGGAGGCUGACAUCGAGAUUGCCGACGAUAGCAUUGUCAUCACCAAAGGGCAUACAAAUAGUGGCGAUUGGGAUGCCCUUGUUACUAGCAUCCUAUUGCGUAAACCUGCUUGA